AUGAAGACUAAUGACCUCGAUUCCCUUGAAAAGUACAUGCAAGAAGUCCAAAAAAUUUUAGAUGAAUCUUCAGCUUCUAAAGGGGAGCAGCUUGAAUCUGAAGAUCCCAAUGAAGAUUUCAACCCAAAUAGCAUUCAGCCUCUUGAGGAAAAUUUCAUUGAAGAUACAAUUGAGCAGGCAAAAGAGCAAAGCAAAAUAGUCCCAACUUUAAAUCCUGUUAAUCAUAGCUUACAGAACUAUAAAUCAUUCAGAAAAGUAUUACUUAAUAUAGGAUUUUUACCAUAUCCAUCCAGAUAUUGCAAGUUUGACACCAGAAAAAAUCCAGAAAUUGAAAGAAGAUUUAGAGAUUCAUACUGAAGGAGAAAAUGUGCCUUCCCCAAUAGCGUCGUUUGGGCAUCUUCAGUUUUCUGAUGAAUUGGUUGAAAAAAUCAUCAAAAUGGGGUUUGAGCAGCCAACGCCAAUUCAAUGUAUAGCGCUGCCAUGCGCCCUUACUUCUUUUUAAGACUAUAAAUAAAUAUUAUUAAUAAUAAUUUUUUAUAAAAAUUAUAUAGUAAAUAUAUUGUCAAGAAAUUAAUGGAAGAGAUAUAAUGGGAAUUGCAAAAACAGGGUCAGGCAAAACUGCAGCCUAUAUAUGGCCUAUGCUCUAUCACGUAGCCGACCAAUCUAAAAGUAGCAAAAAUGAAGGUCCAAUAGCUGCAAUUUUAGUCCCAACUAGAGAGCUCUGUAUCCAAGUCUACAAAGAAGCUAAAAAAUACGCCAGAGUUUUCAAGCUGAGAUGUGUUCAUGCUUAUGGUGGCGUUCCUAAGCACGAGCAGUGGAGAGAAUUAAGAGCAGGCUGCGAAAUUGUUAUAGCGACCCCAGGCAGACUAAUUGAUCUGAUAAAAUCCAAAGCUACCAGUUUAAGAAAGAUUAGUUAUAUUGUUAUAGACGAAGCUGAUAUUAUGUUCAAUUUAGGCUUUGACUAUCAAUGCCGCUCUAUAUUAUCUCAAAUAAGGCCAGACAGGCAAACCUUAUUAUUUUCAGCUACAUUUAAAAAAAAAUUGCAAAAGUUUGCGAGUGAUGUGCUGACAAAUCCAAUUAAAAUCGUGAUAGGAAAAGAAGGAGGAACUAAUGAAGAUAUUGUACAAGAAUUUAUAUACCUAGAAGAAUGAUUGUUAGAGAGAAAUGAGAUAUAGUCUAUAGCACUAUAUAGAUUUCUUUAUCGAACAAAAUUUAAUGGACAGUUAAAUGACCAAGACUCUCUUAAAGGGACAAGAUGGAUCUUUAUACAAGGAAGUAUUAAAAAGUGGAAUGCCAAAAAUGGUCGAUAAAUGUGAAAAAAGUUGGCAAGUAAACGCACCAAUUUUAAAAUUUUUAGUAUUGAAUUAAUUUUAAAUUUAAGAUACCCUUUUGACUGGAGAUUAUAAAUAUAAAGCAUUGCUAUGAGCCAUUAAGAAUUUUAUAAUGAAUGGCUAGCGUUCAAUACAAACUUUGGCUUUCAUAGAGCAUUUGAUCAUAAAUAAAUUUGCAUUGUUUAUCUAAAAAUCUACUUAAUUUAACCUAAUUUACUUUUGAAGUUAUAUCCUCCAGAAAAGAGAAAAAAGUAAGUAAAUUUUAAUCAAUCUCAGUCUAAAAGGGUAUCUUAAAUUUAAAAGAAUUUAAUAAUAAAGCCAUUUUAAAAAUUGGCAUGUUUCUUGUCAAAUUUCUUCAAGCUAACCAUUUUUUGGCAUGUCACUUUUUAACAUUUCCUUGUAUAUAGAUCCAGCUCUUCCCUUUAAGAAAUCCUAUCUUGGCCAUUCAACUGUCCAUUACAUUUUGCUCAAUAAAGAUUAGCUAUAUUAUUAGAAAGGUAAAAAAAAUAAAAUCAAUCUAUUUAUAUAGAAAAAUAUAAUUCUCGACCAUUUUUCUAAAAAAUUAACAUGGCUGCUAGAGCACAUUCACGAAUUUUUAGAAAAAGGGCUCGUCCUUAUAUUUGUGAAACAUAGAAGCAGUACCGAAGAAUUAUGUGGGAUUUUAAAAGAAGCCAAAGUUCCAGCUGGAAAUUUGCAUGGAGAUAUGAACCAAUACGACCGAGAAUCUACAAUGUACAAAUUCAGUCAUGGGGAGCUUAAAGUGUUAGUAGCUACAGACGUCGCCAGCAGAGGCCUUGACAUCCUUCAAAUCAAAACAAUAAUAAAUUACGACUGUCCGAAAGAUGCAGAAACCCAUACACAUAGAAUUGGAAGAACAUGCAGAGCAGGAUCCCAAGGAAUUGCAUAUACUUUGCUUACUAAGCAUGACAAAAGAUUUGCAGGAGAACUUAUGCAGAGUCUGGAAUAUAAUGAGCAAGCAGUCCCAAAAGAUCUUGAAGAACUAGCCAUGCAAGACUCAUAUUUCAGAAAUCAACGAUCCAAAAAAAUCACCCCAAAACAAAGAAAUUAUUGAGACUUAGAAAAAGCUAAUGCAUUAUACACGAAUUUUGGAGGGAAAAAAAUUGAUAUUGAGCAGUCAACAAAUAUCCAAGAGUUCAGAGAGCAUUUAAAUCUUACUUACUUAGUUACUUAGGUAUUUAAGGUGCAUGACUUCUUCAGCAGGAUGAUUUAGGCAUGCAUGGCCCACUCUUUUAACUCCUAGAACUAGUGACGUCACCAAGCCAUCUUGGACCGGUCAGCCCGACCAAGCCUUCUAUAAAGUUCCGACCCUAGCCAGGCCAGAAGUUCCGCACCGGCAGCGUUGCCUCGCCCGAACUUGACUCCUGCGCGUGUUCCGCCUAAAGGUCACCCUCCUCGGGUGUGUCAAGCAGCAAACCCAGGUGUUCUUAGCAUCUUGGACCAAAGAAAUACCCUAUGCGGUAUUCCAUUUUGGUAUUGCUGAUAAAAGACCACGUGGAAAACUGAACCCCAUAAUAAUAAAAGCGAAGGAAGGAAUAGUUCUCGGAGAGAACUAAUUCCGCACUAAGCCAUUUUAUUAUUAUGAGAGCAUUUAAAUCAAAAGAAAAAAGACCAUUUAAUCAGUGAGUUCAAGCGGAGUUUUGUAGCUGCUGGGACUUUAGAUUCCACUAUUACUGAGCCUACUGUUACUUAUUUAGAUUAGAUUAGAUUAGAUUAAGCCGUUUGCCUUGCAGGGCCGGAGAUUCGCACCCCUUCACGCUCAUCGCCCCUGAGGAGCCUCGGCGGACACCCUCCUUGUUGCCUCAAACAAGGGAUUCGCACAACCAGUCUUGACUUCCAUGGCUUCUGGAGUCUAAGGGCCAACCACCUGGGUCGAAACUCCCAGUUUCUCGUUGGGCAAAUACCGUCUUCAGGUCUGAGGGUCAUAUUACCCUCAAACAUUGGCCAACCUGCCCUUUCCCAAUGGUUGUCCUUGAGGAAAAACUCCAAGUCCGAGAUUAGCUCCUCGGGCUCGAAGAAAACCCAGCCCGAACAUACAUAAAGGAUUACCGGCCCCUUUCCACCUAAAUCUCCGACACUGGGCCGUUGCCUGCUGAUGUUGAAGAAAUAGAGUCGAGAGGUCGGGUGGUCUGUCGUCACCAUUUUUUAUAUAUAUUACUUAUUUAGAUAAACCAAGAAAAAAGCCUAAAUGGGAUAUAGGGUUUUACCCUGAGUAGCCCUAUAAGGGCAGAUUUAUUGCCGGUGGAAUCAUAUGCCCUGGUAGCUCAGGGUAAAACGCUAUAACUAA